UGACAUAGUUUCUUUCUAUUCACUUUAUUGUAAGUAUGGGUACUAGAAGCGAUAGUAGAUUAACUGAUUGGUUCUUAACUACGCUUUGAAUUCAGGCUGACUCAUCUUAGUACUGUGUGCGUAAACUACGACUACACGACACUUCGUCGGCGGUGCAACAAUGAAUAUCUCGCAAUCGAAUAUAACAUCACCUGUCGGCGAUGACCAUUUACACGGUAGCGGGAUUGCCAUCUACAUCCCGGUAGUGUACAGCAUCGUUUUCAUCGUGGGUCUCAUCGGGAAUUCACUCUUGUUAUAUCUGCUUGUGAAAUAUACAAAACUGAAAUCGGUUUCAAACAUUUUUAUUUUUAAUCUCGCUAUCGCUGACAUUCUGUUCAUGGUCGGAUUGCCGUUCCUAGCCUACGCGCUCGCAUCGCCCUCAUGGAAUCUUGGAACCGCCGUGUGCAAAAUCGUGCUUUCCAUCGAUGGACUUAACCAGUUUACGGGGAUCUACCUUCUCACUGUGAUGAGCGUGGAUCGAUACAUAGUAUUUGUCCACCCAAUGAAGACAAUGGCUUUCCGGACGGCGACGAAGGCUAAGCUAGUAGCGUUAUGUGUCUGGAUAUUCUCAUCGAUUGUUAUUUUUCCGCUCUUGCUUUACUCGAAGUUGGCGGAGUCAUCGAAAUCGACUUACGCGUGCACAGUAGUAUUCCCUCAGUACUUUAAUAGAACCGCCUUUCUCAUCUACACUUUCAUUUUGGCCUUUGUUUUGCCGUUGUUGAUCAUAAUCACGUGUUAUUUGUUGAUAUCAUUAGAGCUGAGGCGGAGCCGAGGGCCUGCUAUUAAAACUAACGCAAAAAAAUCCUCACAGAAGGUGAUUAAGAUGGUUAUACUUUACGUGACGAUUUUCAUUGUGUGUUGGCUACCGUUUUACGUUAUCCAAUUCACUUACAUGUUCCAUGUUGACCAAUCAAAACCACCAUCGCAAAGCUUCUUUGUUCUCUAUCUAACCAGCAUAUGUUUGAGUUACGCAAACAGCGCCAUCAAUCCUUAUAUUUAUACACUUUCUACGGGGGCGUUCCGUCGCAAUAUACAACAGUCAAGAAGGAAACAGUACAAAAUUGUCUAUAGCAAAAACGCAAGUGUGAGUAAAUCCAACGAAAAAAAUGGCACCGCAAAAAAUAAUAACGUUAAGAAGUCCAUAAUCCUGAAGACCUCUGAUGAAAUCGCAGUAUAAUGACUUUCCGAACAGGUAUUUAGGAUUAAUAUAACAGAACACCAUUUGGAUCUUCUCUGUCGUGUUCGAUACUCAUCGACUCAUAUUUCGCUUGUUGACCGCUCACAAUCUCUCAAAUCACAGAUUUCUGAUCGUAAUCAG